AUGAAACCUCACGAUAGAACCGGCUUUACGAUCGCGAUCAUAUGCGCCCUGACUUUGGAAGGCGACGCCGUCGAGGUGAUUUUCGACGACAUAUACGAUGAACCGGGCCGAGGGUAUGGAAAGCAACCUGGUGACACGAACGCAUACGUUACAGGUAGAAUUGGCCAACACAAUGUUGUUCUGUGCUACAUGCCAUCCAUGGGUCGGAGCUCGGCUGCAAGCGUAGCCUCCAACCUCCGAUUCAGUUACACGGAAAUCAAGAUGGCUCUGGUUGUUGGCAUCUGCGGAGGAGCGCCUUUUCCUUCUGGCAAUUCGAAAAUCUUUCUCGGUGACGUGAUUAUCAGCGACUCAGUGAUUCAAUAUGACUUUGGGAGACAAUACCCGGGCGGAUUCCAACGCAAAACUGGCGUCAAAGAGAUCCUCGGUCGUCCUAACCGAGAAAUAAGGGGCCUCGCCAACAUGAUGGGGUCUCUUAGGACGCGUCAAAAUAUGGAAAAUGAUAUCUCCAACUAUCUGUCUGCGUUUAGACAGCCGAAGCUACGCUGGCACCACCCGACAUCAGAAGAUAUACUCUUCGACUCUUCCUUCGCCCACAAGCAUCGAUUUGAAACUCCAUCUUAUGACUGCAGGUGCUUCAGCGAGGACCGACCAAAUGAAAUUUGCAAAGAAGCAUCGGAGAUGUCUUGUGACCAACUUGCCUGUGAUCACCGUCACGUCAUUCGCCGUAGGAAAAGCAGCGAUGAUUCCGGCGUAUCCAUCCAUAUCGGGACUGUUGCGUCAGCGGACACUGUGAUGAAAUCAGGCGAGGAUCGUGAUAGGCUUGUGCGCGAGGAGCGGGUUCUUGGGUUCGAAAUGGAGGGUGCUGGAGUGUGGGAUAAUAUUCCAUGUGUCGUGAUCAAAGGAGUCUGCGAUUAUGCGGAUAGCCACAAGAGCAAAGACUGGCAGCAUUAUGCUGCAGCCACUGGAGCCUGUGCUGCUAAAUCGUUUAUCUCAAGGCUGCCUCCACCACCGAGAGAAGGUUCGUGA